GUCCGAUUCCCAUGGCCCGCCUGCGGUCUGUACAGUAUAUUAUGUUAUGUUAUCUGCUCCUUAUGUUUUAUUACAUUCUGUAGUUUUUGUUUUUGAUUUAGGAUUGAAUCUAGAAUAUUUGGUUCCUGACAAAGCUUAACAUGGAAAGUAAAGUGUGUAAAGUUAUUAACUCUAAGAGAAUCCACAGUGACGACGAUGACGAUAAUAUAAAUUCGAAACAAACAAGAAGACACACUAGUCGAGAUCGUCAGACAACGAAAGAUAAAUAUGACAAGGGUGGUAGUCGUAAUUAUGAACAGUUAAAAGUUGGUGAUCCGUACUACUCGGGUGGUGCUGCUACUACUGAUAACCGUAAAGGUGAAGAUCGUUAUAAGGAUGAGUCUAGGCAUAGACGACGUCAUAGGAGUAGAGAUCGUCAUGAGAAAGAAAACAGAUCUAGAAAUGCAGACAGCAAAAAAGAGGAAAAAAUCGGGGCUCCAUACUAUUCAGGUGGAAUAGCAGGGAUUGAUGAACGCGAGAGUGGUGAAGAAACAAGCAGCGAUGAAGAUGAUAAAAUUGGACAACGGUACUAUUCUACAGAAACUGAUACUCAAAGAAAGAAUAGUGAAAACUAUUGGAACAAAUAUGCAAAUAAAGAUAAAAAACCAAAUGGUGACAUAAAUGAUGUACCAUUACAUCAGAAAAAAACCGUGGAACUACUUACCUCUAAAACUGGAGGUGCAUACAUCCCACCUGCAAAAUUGAGAAUGAUGCAAGAAAGUAUCACCGAUAAAUCAAGUGCUGCAUAUCAAAGGAUUGCCUGGGAAGCUUUGAAAAAGUCAAUACAUGGUUUAACCAACAAGAUUAAUGUAGACAAUAUAGGAAAAGUUACUAGAGACCUACUUCGAGAGAAUAUUGUUCGGGGUAGAGGUUUACUAUGCCGGUCCAUUAUGCAAGCUCAAUUAGCUUCAACAACGUAUACCCAUGUGUAUGCUGCUUUAGUGGCCAUCAUAAACACAAAAUUUCCAAACAUAGGAGAAUUACUGUUGACAAGGUGUAUUGUACAAUUUAAAAGAGCAUAUCGUAGAAGUGAAAAAUCCCAAUGUUUAGGAUCAGUAACAUUUAUUGCUCAUUUGAUUAAUCAAAGUGUUGCGCAUGAAAUUUUGGCUUUAGAGUUGUUAACUUUAUUUGUAGAGACACCUACUGAAGAUUCAAUAGAAGUAGCUGUUGCAUUUUUGAAAGAAUGUGGCCAAAAAAUGAGUCAAGUCAGUAAAAAAGGAAUGAACGCCAUUUUUGAUAUGUUACGCAAUAUAUUACAUGAUGGGCAACUCGAUAAAAGGGUUCAAUAUAUGAUAGAAGUAAUGUUUCAAAUUCGCAAAGAUGGAUUCAAAGAUCACCCAGCUGUAAUUGAACAACUCGAUUUAGUACCUGAAGAGGAUCAGUUUACACAUUUACUAACUUUAGACUCUGCUAAAGAGCCUCAAGAUAUUCUCAAUGUAUAUAAAUUUGAUCCGGACUUUGAAGCUAAUGAAGAACGUUAUAAGUCAUUAAGAUCAGAAAUAUUAGGGUCAGACAAUGACGAUGAUAGUGAUUCAGAAAAUGAUGGUGAUGAUGACGAUGAUGAUGAUGAUGACAAUGAAGAAGACGAUGGUGAAGAAAAAGAAGGAGAAGGUAAAGUAAUCAUAGACAACACAGAAACAAAUAUGAUAUCAUUAAGAAAAACCAUUUACUUAACGAUACAUUCAUCAUUGGAUUAUGAGGAAUGUGCUCAUAAAUUAAUGAAAAUGCAAUUGAAACCGGGUCAAGAAAUAGAAAUGUGUCAUAUGUUUUUGGAUUGUUGUGGUGAACAAAGAACCUAUGAAAAGUUUUUUGGCCUUUUAGCACAACGGUUUUGUCAAAUAAAUAAUGUGUUUAUUGAACCAUUGGAAAAAAUUUUUAUUGACAGUUAUGCAACUGUCCACCGUUUAGAGACAAACAAAUUACGAAAUGUUGCAAGAUUCUUUGCACAUUUAUUGUUUACAGACUCUAUAUCAUGGGUUGUCUUAUCUACUAUACAUCUAAAUGAAGAAGAAACAACUUCUUCUAGUAGAAUUUAUAUUAAAAUUCUGUUCCAAGAAUUAGCCGAACACAUGGGACUUAAUAAAUUGAAUGCUCGAGUUCAGAAUCCGGAAUUAAAACUAGCUUUUGAAGGAAUUUUCCCCAAAGAUAACCCUAAAAAUACUAGGUUUUCUAUCAAUUUUUUCACCUCUAUUGGUUUGGGGGGCUUAACUGAUGAAUUGAGAGACUUUUUAAAAGUACAACCUAAACAAGUGCCUGCUGUUGCUCAAAUCAUUGACCAGCUAUCGGAAUCAUCAGAUAGUGACAGUGACAGUAGUUCAAGUAGCAGUAGUAGUAGUAGCAGCAGCAGUAGCAGCAGCAGCAGCAGCAGCAGCAGUAGUAGUUCCAGCGAUAGCAGCAGCAACAGUAGUAAUAGUUCAAACGACAAAAGAAUUAAAAAAAAAAAAGAUCAUGAUAAAUCGAAACAAAAUUUGGAAAGAAAGGAAAAUGAAAAACUUAAAAAAAAACAGACAAAUAAUGAAAUUGAAAAACCAAGAAGGUAUGAAGAAAGAAGGGACAAUGAUAUACCUCGACAAAAAGAAAACAAAAAUGAAAAUGAUAAUUGGAGAAGAAAUGACGAUAAAAAAGAUAAUGAUAAAUCAAGAAAAUACGAAGAAAGAAACGAUAAAUCUAGGAGAUAUGAUGAAAGGAAAGAAAAUAAUGAGAAACCUAAAAGAUAUGAGGAAAGAAGAGAUAAUGAUAUAUCAAGACGAAAUGAAGAAAGAAAGGAUAAUGAACGAUCUAGAAGAAAUGAAGAUAGAAAUGAAUAUGAUAUAUCGAAGAAAAAUGAAGAAAGAAAAGAAAAUUACAGACCUAGAAAAAAUGAUGAAAGAAAAGAAAAUGAUAGACCAAAAAGGAACGAAGAAAAAAAGGAUAAUGACAGGCAUAAUAGAAAUGAAAUUGACAAAUCUAAAAGAAAUGAAAAUGAAAAAUCUAGAAGAAAUGAAGACAGAAGGGAAAAUGAUAGAUCUACAAGAAGGAAUGAGGAAGGGAAAGAAAAUGAUAGACUUGGGAGAAAACGAUAAUUACAUGGUUUAGUUUUAUUUUAACUUUUAAAUAUUUUUUAUAUAAGUUAAGCAUUCAAUGUCAACAAUUUUUUUGUAACAACAAAAAUAAAUGAUUUGUUGAUUAA